GUUGAGCUCUAAUGCAUGCGCCUCUGGCCCGAGCCGCUGUCCACGUGACCGGCCGUGACCGGAGUGCGUCACGCUCGCAGACCGCUCCCGACCAGCGGGGGUCGGCGCUGGAGAACGGUGGCGACCAUUCGGACUCGACCGGGCGCCACGAACAGCCCUCCGACGCGCCCAGCUGGACUAGUGUGCGACUCAAGCCCACACAGCCCACCCAGCAGCCCGCCCAGCAGCUCGCACAGCAGCUCGCACAGCGACCCGCACAGCAGGCCGCUCGCCCGCAGGGCCAGCAGCGACAAGAGACCGAAGAGGCGGAGCGACGGACGUUGAAGCCAGUGCCGGCGCAGCAGCUGCCGCAGGAGAAGGGUCGGGAGGACGUCCAGCUGAAGCCACUGCCACCAAAAGAGACGAUGACGCCCCACAAGGAGAAGGUGGCACUGAAGCCCGUGCCUAUGAAGGAGCCGAAGUCGGGAGCGGAGAAAGAGAACAUCCGGUUGCAGCCGAUUGUUCCAAGAACGGUUAGGCCUGACGAAGAGAAUAAAGGUGUGGUCUUGAAGCCGAUUCCGCCAAAGGAGAUGGUGGUGCCGCAUAAAGACCAGAUUUCACUAAAACCAGCUCCACCAAAGCAACCAAAGCCGAUGGAAGAGAAGGAAAGCGUCCAGUUAAAGCCCAUACCUUCAAAACAUCCCAAUCAAGCGGAUAAGCAAAGAGACGCCAUGAUGAAAUCAGUGCAGUUUAAUGAGAUGCCAAUUCCUCACAAAGAGCAAAUAUCGUUAAAACCAGUUCCUUCGAGGGAGCCGAAGCAAACGGAUGAAAGGGAUGAUGUGCAACUUAAACCAGUGCCUGCCAAAAUAUUACGAGUUUCCCACAAGGAACAGACAACACUAAAGCCAAUUCCCCCGAAGGUCCCGAAGCCGAUUGAGGAAAAAGAAAACAUUAAGCUGAAGCCGAUUCCCCCCAAGGAACCAGCGCAGGUUGAGGAAAAAGAGGUCACCAGGCUAAAGGCAGUCCCUCCAAAGGACUCAAUUCAAAUACAGGAGAAAGAACCCAUUAAUCUGAAGCCGAUUCAACCCAACGAUCCUAAGCCGGCGGAUGAAAAAGUGGGCAUACAACUGAAGCCUGUUUCUCCCAAAGAACCUAAGCCAUUGGAGGAUAAGGAGCCUGUCAAGCUGAAGACAAUCCCUCCAAAGGACCCAAUGAAAUCAGACGAUAAGGAGCCUGUCAAGCUGAAGCCGAUCCCUCCAAAGGACCCAAUGAAAUCAGAUGAUAAGGAGCCUGUCAAGUUGAAGCCAAUCCCUCCAAAGGACCCAAUGAAAUCAGACGAUAAGGAGCCUGUCAAGCUGAAGCCAAUCCCUCCAAAGGACCCAACGAAAUCAGACGACAAGGAGCCUGUCAAGCUGAGAUCAAUCCCUCCAAAGGACACAAUGAAAUCAGACGAUAAGGAGCCUGUCAAGCUGAAGCCAAUCCCUCCGAAGGAACCAAUUCCAGUGGGGAAGAAAGAGCCAACAAAGCUGAAGCCCAUUCCUCCGAAGGAACCAAUUCCAGUGGGGAAGAAAGAGCCAACAAAGCUGAAGCCCAUUCCUCCGAAUGAGCCCAUCCCCAUAGAGGAUAAAGACCCGACCAAGUUGAAGCCGGUGCCUCCAAAGGAACUUUUACCGGUGGAGCAGAAAGAACCGAUCAAGUUGAGGCCGAUUCCCCCGAAGGAUCCGAGGCCGGUGGACGAGAAAGACUCGAUCAAGCUAAAGCCGGUUCCCCCGAAGGAUCCAAAGCAGGUAGAAGAGAAAGAAAGCAUAAAAUUAAAACCUGUCCCACCAAAGCAGCUUACUCCUGUCGAUGACAGUUUGGAGCGGGUAAUCACGAAGCCAAUUCCUGAGAACCAGGAAAAAGUUGAAAAUGAGGAGCGUAUUAGGCUAAAGCCUGUGCCACCGCCACCGCCGAAGGACGCUGAGGCCAAAGAGGACAUUUGUUUGAAAACAGUCGAAGUGUCGAAGAGCGCGGCAGAGAAUAAGGAAGAUGGCGAAUCGAUACCUAAAGAGAAGAAGGCCAAGGAAAAGCAGGAGAUGGUACCUGAAGAAAAUGUUCAGAAACUAAAGAAACGUAAAGUUCCUAAGGAGGUACAUGUCUAAAUGGAUCUCUGGUAAUGUAAACACGCAUGCCGAGUAUUGCAUGAUCUUGUUGACGAAUGCUACAGCAUGCAUACCACGUGUAGUGGGUGGCAUCUAUACAUAACAUCAUCACCUUGGCAGUGAGAUAUAUGCCUUUAUCUUUUACUUCCUAGCCAAAACUGUAGCCUAUUGUGCAGCUUCCGCGUUCACGCACGUGUGAACGAUUGUUACCGUGUCCCUGUCUAUACGGAUGUGUAUUGCGUAGUAAAUUGCUGGAUACUUUGUAGGCUAAGUGUCCACAAUCAUGUCUUCUAUUUUUGUUCUGUUUUUAUAGCUGUGUCAAACCAGGCCGUGAUCAUGUUGCGUUUGAAAUAACACGUGUUUCAGUUCAGCUCCCAAAAUUAAGUCUGGAUACCCACUAAGUAUUUUAGUAAUAGCAUUCGCAAGACACGCCCAAUGUUGUGUAGCGAUACGUUGUCCACGUGGAGUCAAAUUUAGUUUAAAGGGUUAGUUUUACUGAAGCCUGAUGGAAACAUCGAUAUUAUUGGACACUCAGAACUUGUAGUGUUGCACAACCACAAGAUGCGUCGUCAAAACAACUGCAGCAUUUGGUAUCCUAUAUUUGGAAUAAUAUGGGCUGCAAUGGUCCCCUCGUCGGUUUCUCGGCAUCUAAUUCGUUUACCACUCGUAGACAGUUUUAAAGCGAUAUGCAACAUGGCGCUUGAAACCCAGCGUAUGAGGAUAUCGGCUGGAAACGGCGCCGUUUUGCUGUUAAAGAAACCCAGGUAAUACCUCUACGGUAGCCUUUUAUUUGACUACCGGGUCCAAUACAUGUAUGAGACCGCUGCCGUUUGGGCCGCGCCUUCAGUCUGGCUGGCAGCCACUGCUCACCUGUCACC